AUGCUUCUCGCGCCUGCUUUGCCUUGUCAUCAUGUGGCAACACCGACCCCGCUGAGGCCGCACGCUGGCCGGCUUCGGGGCGCCAAGGUCCAGCUGCAGCCAGCAUGCAAAGUCGGCGCCGGCGUUUGGUUUCUGUCGCAUGCCUGGCCUCGAUGCACUCGGGCCUGCCGUGGUUCCUGCUCCGUCCGCGUCCAGGCCAUCAGCUCCGAUGUCGAGCCAGAGUCCUCUCUGCUGGAUGCUGCGGUGGAGGCAGUGGAAGAGGUCCUCCAGUUCGCUCCUGAAGAUACACGACUGAUGGCCAAUAUCAUCCGGGAUUACAUCCGUGCUGGCGAAUAUACCUGGGCCUCCGCCCUGGAGAAGCGCUGGCUAUCCCAUGAUGGCGGAGCACAACCCGUAAGGGCCGAUGUGCUGUUUCGGGAGCCUUCUCUUUGCUCCCAGCUUGCGGGAGCCUGGGCGCGAGCGGGACGCCUCCGGGAGGCCGAAAUGUGGCUGUCCUGCACGGAGAUCGAGAAAGUGGAUCGUUGGGCCUUGGUCGCCUUUGUCCGUGCCUGCGUACAGAGCGGCGAGCUCCAGACCGCUGACAACUGGACCACGAAGCUUCUGAAGAUCGCGGACAGCGGCAACCUGCACCUCGCCAGAGCCGGUGCCGUGGAUUCGGAUUCUGCGAGCCGCCAGAAGGAGGCGGAGGACAACCUCGUGGCCUUAAUCGCCGCCCGGGCGACCUUGGCCCAAGGGGCCGAGAUUCAAGGCGUUCGCCGAUGGCUCCAUCGCAUGCAGAGAGUAGGCAUCCAGCCGAGCUGGCCGGUCUAUGGCCGUCUGCUCCAGGGCUAUGCAGAGGCCGACAGGUCUGAGGAUUUCGAGGAGCUGCUGAAAGAGAUGCAAGCGGUCCGAGUCAGGCCGAAGCCCGAAGCGUUCAACCACCUGAUCAAAGCGAAGGUGGAUCGUCACAGUAUGGAUGCUGCCGCUGAUUGGAUGCAACGAAUGGCCGAGUUCAGGUCGACACCGAAUGCAGCGACCUACCGCAUGCUAAUCACCUCGAGCGCCGUCUCGAGUAGUGCCAGCGAAGCGGAAGGUUGGCUCGUGGCGAUGUAUCAAUCUCGCCUGCACGUUCCUGAAAGCUGCGUGGCCACGGUGGUGGAGAGGUACUCUGAAGAUCGGAGACCCGCCGUGUCGAUUCGAAGUGCAGCUGCGGCCGGGCAAGCGCAGAAGGUGAGAUUGCGGGGGACGGGGGGGGAUGCAUGUGCUGCGGCUGAAGCCUGCGCCUGCCUGGACCAAAGCGGACUCGCGGUCGCACUUGAAGAUACUCCCUGGGAAAUGUUGGGAUCCGGCAUGGAGUGA